ACGGCCUAAGCCAUACGAGAGACGCACUCGAAUCUUCGCAACAGCCUCGCCCUGCCGCCGCCGCGGCCACGACCGGAUCUCGUCCUCCUCCUGGCCCAGCAGAGGGCGAUGGCGGCGAGGGCGCUUGGGCUCGCCGGCCGAGCGCUCCUACGGCCGCUCUCCUCGCCGGGCGCCCAGCGGCUGCUGUCCACUGACAAGGGCCCACUGCAGGAGCUCGCGAACGCCGGUGAUCCGAUGAGCCGCCUCAUCAUGCAAGCACGGAACCAGACUGACGGCGGUUUUCCCCGUCACUUUGCUGAGAACGGAUUCACAGCAGGUGGUGGCAGGAUGGGUGGAAAUGGAUUCACAGCCAGCGAUGGCAGGAUGGGUGGAAACGGAUUCACAGCCAGUGAUGGCAGGAUGGGUGGAAACGGAUUCACAGUCGGUGAUGGCAGGAUGGGCGGAAUUGGAUUCACAGCCGGUGAUAGCAGGAUGGGUGGAAUUGGAUUCACACCCGGUGGUGCCAGGAUGGGUGGAAACGGAUUCACAGCCGGUGGUGGCAGGUCGGGCCGGUUUAACAUGGAAAUGCUGCGGCCAGCAGGGGCACCGCGAGUAAAGAGGGACGUUCUCCAUGUCACGCUCAAGGGGAAGAAGACCUUUGUGACCGUGACGGACGUCAAGGGGAACAGGAAGGCUGGGGCUUCCGCUGGCUGUUUGGAGGAUCGAAAGGGGCGGUCUCGUCUUGCUCGGUAUGCUGGUGAAGCAACAGGGGAACACAUGGGGCGAGUUGCCAGCAAGAUUGGCCUCAAGUCUGUCAUUGUGAAGGUGAAAGGAUACUCCUUUUUCAGGAAGAAGAAGAAGGUGAUCAUGGGCUUUGCAGACGGUUUCCGGGGUGAAAGAGUGAGAACCCCGUCUCCUAUCAUGCACGUCCAUGAUGUGACGCAGCUCGCGCAUAAUGGAUGCCGGCUGCCCAAAAAGGUAAGGAAGUAAGACUGAUAAUAGCCCCCAGCAAGAAGUGUGGAGAUCAAUAUCCUGUCCCAAGGAGAAACAAAUUAAGAACGAUAUGUAUGUAUCGACAGGUUCUGUAAUAAUGUCAUGAGCCUGGAAGUAUUUAUGAAUACUUAUUAGACAGUCUUAGAUUGGCUCUUGUAAGACAAACAUUUUUGUCAUUUCCUGUAAUGUUGCUGAAGUGAUGGAUUUCUUCAUGGUUGCA